AUGAAUUUUCAAACUUACACUUUUGAUGACGCGAAUAAUCUCUUGUCCUCGUUGUCCAAUAACGGCGUCGAUAUUGAUUUUUUUAACGACGAUGAUUCAAAAGGAGCGAGCUCAUUGUCACCUGGGUCCCAGCUAAGUCCUUAUUCCAAUAUAGACGAACCAUGGUCGGCAUUCACAGGGGAAAUGGAUUUCCAAAAUACCAGCGGAGCUACCGACCAAAAAUUUAUGGAUGAGAACAUGGUUGCUAAAAAUGAAAUGGGAGAUUUCGGGAUUUCUCUUAACGAAACAACCAAUGACAACUUAAACUCCUCGCCGAAUAAUAUGGAUAUGGUGAAAAUGGACCCAUCGUCGACUGAUAUUGCAGGAUUAGACAAUAAUACUGUUUUUGAUGGUAUGCAAACCAGUCCCCAGAUCAGAUCUCAUGCGAAUUCCCUCAAUGGGUCAAGCAGUAUUUCACCAGCCUCGGAAAUUGUGUCUAGUCCAGAACAAGAGCAUAAACAAGAAAUCAAAAUGGAAGAUUUUGCAGGUUUUGCAACCAUGAAAAAGGAGAGCAAGAAACCAUCACCUGCAGGCAAAAUUACAAAACCAAAGAAGGGAAGAGCUUCACAUAAUAUGGUUGAAAAGAAAUAUAGAACUAAUAUCAAUACCAAGAUUUUGGCAUUGAGAGAUGCUGUGCCAUCAUUAAGAGUCACCGCUCUUGGUGGUACGGACUCGAGUUCGAUUGACUUGGAUGGGCUAACUCCAGCAUCCAAAUUGAACAAAGCAUCGGUUCUAACAAAAGCUACCGAAUACAUACAACAUUUAGAAAAGAAGAACAAAAAGCUAGUGAAAGAAAAUGAAGAGCUCAGAAACAUUCUUAGUCAAGUGGGAGGCAGAAAUGUGAACGAUAGUGGCGUAACUAAUGACAAUAACAAUAACAACAAUAAUGAUUAUAAAGUACAGUACCCAGGGAACCAAUCACCUAAUGGACAAAACUUACAAGCUCAAUACAGUCCGCAAUUUUAUAACCAAAUGCAACAUGCUCCUCAAGUCCAUCACCAAAGUCAACCACCAAUGCACCAGCCGCUGCAGCCUCUUCCACCGCAACAACAAAUGCCACUACCACUUUCACAACCACAAGAACAACAACCACAAAGAAUCCAACAUCAACUACAACAACAACCUCUUCCACCACAUAUUAAUUACGGCAUGAGUAUGCCAAUGAGAAUGGCUGCUGGUGGGAUGGCAGCUUUGGUGGGAACCAACAUUUUUGCUGGUAAUGGAAUGGAAGAUUUCAGAGGUCUUGGCGCAAUUCCAUUUUUGAACACCACCCAAUUUUUAAAAUUCUUUCAAGUGGUGAAGAUUGGGUUGGUUUUAUAUUCAUUGUUUAUCAUUUUGAUCGAUCCAUAUCUCAGGUUUGAUAACAAAGACAAGAAGAAACAAUCACUUGCUGAUGAUGAGCAUACGCUAACUAGAGCGCAAUCUGUUAGUUUGCUUGGGGCCAACUCAUUCGAUACACACGUUCCGCGAUCACCUUCAACUUGGGGGUCAUUGCUUUUUACGAUUUUGAAGAUCCGUUUACUAAAAUUGCAACCGUUGAUUAAUGAUCUGGAUGAAAUUGCUACCGUUAUUCAAAAAGUUAACCAAGAGUACUUUAGUUUCGAUGAGCUGAAAUCAAAAUAUGAUUUGCUCCACAUCUACUUGCAGUUGUUGAAAUAUAAUGAGGAAAAAGAUAUUCAAUUGAACAUUUUACAACUUUUGUUGAGCAAAGUGUUGAUGAAUGUCAGCCCAAAGUUUAAAUUCGUCAAAUUGUUAACCAAAGAAAAAGCGGUGAUUUCCAGAAUUCAAAAUUUAUCUGAAAAAUCGCCGCAAUUUAAAGCGCUUGUGGAAGAUCUAGAAGAUACCAUAAAGUCUCAUGACUUAGUCCAAAGAUUAACAAAUACAUUCUUCAUCGCUAAUCGCUCCAUCAAUUACAAUGUCAACGUUGGUAUAAACGAGCAAAGUUUUGUUGACAUCCUUCACGAUGUGGUGGUAAACAGUAAUAUCAUUUCAUUUGCCAGAAAUCUCAGAGCUAAUGAAUUAUUGAGACGCAAGAUUGUCGUUUAUAUAACUUACUUGAUGAGCCAGAAAGAUGGAAAUAAUGACAAUGUCAAAAAGCCAUCGUUAACAAGACUCGAAUUUUUGGAAGAACUAUCCAUGGAAUUUUCGAUUGUCAAUCUCAGAGCCAAGUUAUUCCACUCUUUGCUAGUGCCUGCAAAAACUCUUGAGACGAUGGAGAUUGUUCAAAAAUUGGUUGAUGAUAUUAAUGAAAGUGAUCAAUUGAAUGGUGUUACAACCAGCGAAAUCACGGAAGACCUUGAAGAAUCGGAAGCCAGUGAUGCUGUUCUGGAAGUAGAUAUUAAAUCUAUCGGAGAAGAUAAAGAAGAAGAAGAGAUAGAAGAACUCAGUGAUGUUGAAGAAGAAUGGGAACAGCAACAAGAAAAUAAUGAUUUCUCAGAUAAGGAGGACAGUGACAGCGAUACUGAUUACCAAUCGGAUGAGGAAGAAAUAAUGGAGAAGGUUUCUGUCACUUCCGAAAGUGAAUACGAUGAGGAUGAAUUUGACGAUGAAGUCUCCAACAAGAUCAACUUGAGUUCGCUUUUAUCUAUUCAUAAUGAACGCUCUAAUGAAGCGCUUAAUGGUGAGGUAUUUGUUGCUUUAGCUAGUUCCUUGAUUUUGAAUUACUUGGCACUUGAAGAAUUCAAACAAGCUGAAGGUUUACUAAAACAUCUUUUGAACUAUCGAAACAAUUACGUUCUUGGUUCUAAAAAGCAAAUCACCUUAUUGUCAUUUCUUUCCAUCUUGUGCGUUUUGCUCAAGUUUGAUGAAAUCAAGCUUGAAGGAAAGCAUGAGUUGAGUAACAAGCAUUCUCUGUACAUCGAGAAUUUGAUUGGGAAUUUGAGAUACUGGGUUGGUACCGAAAGCGAACUAACCAAGAACAUUAAUGAUUUAGAUCCUGGCUUGAAGACCGAGAUUUGUGAUGAAUUGGUAGAUUUGGGGGUGGUCUUUAGCGGGGUUGAAGUUGAUAAAUGA